AUGGAUGUUGUUAUGUCGGAUGGCGAACCCCAAAGUACUUCCACCCAAAAGACAAGCUCUAUUGGUUCAAGCUUCGGAAUGAAUCCAGUUACGGAGUGCACGUACGGGUCAACUUUCUGGCCUCAGAUUUCGUGUUUCGUUCGUAGUGCAAUGCAAACGGACAUGCAGAUCGAGAGGCCUUUGCACACGUUUUCACACGAGGAACUUUACAGGAGCAUAUAUUGGAUGUGUUGGCAGGGUUUUCAGAAGAGACUUUAUGCCGAUUUGACAUCAGUGAUCGAAGAAUCUCUAAACACACUUGAGAAGCAAUUAGAAAAUAUUCAACAGAUGGAAUUAUGGCUCGAAAAAUUCAAACAGAUUUGCGUCAAUCAUGCAAGGGCUACUGAUAUCUUGGGCAGCGUGUUUGCGUAUCUGGAUAAGACCUAUAUACAGUAUGCACUUCACGAAAAUCUUAGAGACAUCUUGGUAGAACGAUUCCAACAUCUCAUAUUAGAAAAGUCAGAAAUGCGCGCCAUAUUCGUGUUUAGUAUGAUACUCGAUAGCCCAGAGGCCUUUAGUUUAGAUCUUGUAGUUGGUACUGUGGAAGCACUGUACAAAAUUAACCCUGACAACAUCUACCUGAAUCCAACUUUGUUUCAAAAUUCAAUUAAGAACAUGACUAUACCUUGUAAUCUUGACGAUAUUCGACAUCGACACGUGACUUUGGAAGCAAAAUACCAAUUAGAAAGGUUAAAAAACGAGGGCUGGGAACCGGGAUUUUCACAGUUAAAGAGGCCAUCGGCGGUGAUAGAGGAAGACGAUACACAAGUGAAAUCAUCAAAACGUCAACAUCAUUCUUCAUAA